AUGAGCGCCAAGAAUUUCUAUCAGGUAAGAACAAUUUUCUUGGAGUUGUUUAUUUUUAAUUGCGAAUUGUUUUAGGUAGUCAAAUCAGCACCAAAAGGCCGUUUCAAGGGAAUCAAGAGAGAUUAUACAGUUGAAGAUGUGUUGAAACUUCGUGGAUCAAUUGACAUUGAUUACACAUUGGCAACACGUGGAGCCAACAAAUUAUGGCAACUUCUUCACACCGAACCAUUUGUUCCAGCUCUCGGAGCUCAAACUGGAAAUCAAGCUGUUCAAAUGGUUCGAGCUGGUCUCAAAGCGAUUUAUUUGUCAGGAUGGCAAGUUGCUGCUGAUGCAAACAGUGCUGGAGAUAUGUAUCCAGAUCAAUCUUUGUAUCCAGCAAAUUCAGGACCAGAUCUUGCUAGAAGAAUUAACCGAUCUUUGAGAAGAGCUGAUCAGGUAUGUGUUUUUUUUAAUUAUUGUUCCUUUGUUAUGAACCAGUUCACACUUUGAUUGUUUUCAACAAUCAAUCGUCGAUCAAAGUAUCAGUGUACACUAGAGAAAACGAUAGCGAACACACAACAAAAACAUCUUAUCUUAUCAUCAAAAUAAAAUAAUGUGUGUUUGUACACCUGUUUCGAUCAAAUCAAAAACACAUGGGAAGAGCCUAGGGAUCUUUGAGAAAACUUAUCAAAUAUUUGUAGAUCGAGGCAUGUGAAGCUGAAGAUUAUUUGGCGCAACGUGAUUGGUAUGCACCAAUUGUGGCAGAUGCUGAAGCUGGUUUCGGAGGAGCUCUCAAUUGUUUUGAAUUGAUGAAGGUUGGUCAUUGACAGUUGGUCAUUUCUCUCACUUUUUCCCGAACAAAAAAAAACAACACAACCAGACUUUUAGGCGUACAUCGAGGCUGGUGCGGCUGGUGUUCACUACGAAGAUCAACUUGGAUCAGAGAAAAAAUGUGGACAUAUGGGAGGAAAAGUUUUGAUUCCAACUGCGCAACACAUCAGACAUCUCAACGCUUCUCGUCUUGCUGCUGAUGUUUGUGGUGUUCCAACAAUUAUUGUUGCUAGAACUGAUGCGGAAUCUUCGAGAUUAUUAACAUCAGAUAUUGAUCCAAGAGAUCAUCCAUAUAUUGAUUAUGAAGCUGGAAGAACAAUUGAAGGAUUCUAUCGUCUUAAAGAUUCGACAGCAAUUCAAUAUUGUGUUGAUCGUGCAAUUCAAUAUGCUCCAUAUUGUGAUCUUAUUUGGAUGGAAACUUCUCAUCCAACAAUUGCUGAUGCUCGUGAAUUUGCUGAAGGAGUUCGCAAAGAAUAUCCAGAUAAAAUGUUCGCUUACAAUUGUUCACCAUCAUUCAACUGGAAGAAACAUCUUUCACCACAACAAAUGGAGAAAUUCCAAAAAGAAUUGGGAGCGAUGGGCUUCAAAUAUCAAUUCAUUACUUUGGCUGGUUUCCACGCUAACAGCUACAGUAUGUUUGAUUUGGCAAGAAAUUACAAGGACCAUGGAAUGUUGGCUUAUUCUGCACUUCAAGAAGGUGAAUUCGCUGCGGAAAAACAUGGAUACACCGCGGUAAAACAUCAAAGAGAAGUCGGAACUGGAUAUUUCGAUGCUGUUUCGAGAGCUGUUACUGGUGGAUUGUCAAGCACAACUGCACUUUCUGGAUCAACUGAAGAAGCGCAAUUCCAAACUUCUCAAGUCACCGCUGCUGCUUCUUCAGAAGAUGAAGAAAUUCUCUCCGUAAGAUUUUUCAUACUUCCAAAUUUUCCACAUCAACAAAAUGUUAUUUUUAGCUCACUGCCCCAUCAGUUGCUGGAGAUGAAAAAGUUCUUACACCGGAUGCUCUUCGCUUCAUCCGUGAUUUGAAUCAAGAAUUCAAUCCACGUCGUCUUCAACUUUUGAACAAGAGAAAACAAGUUCAAAGUGAUAUCAAUAAUUCGGUUUGGUUCCCAGAUUUCAAUGUUGAUACCGAAAAAUUGAGAAAUGAUUUGUCAUGGAAAGGAGCUGAGAUUCCAAAAGAUUUACAAAACCGAAGAGUUGAAAUCACUGGACCAACUGAUCGCAAAAUGAUAAUUAAUGCUUUCAAUUCGGGAGCUAAUGUAUUCAUGGCUGAUUUUGAAGAUUCAAAUUCACCAACCUGGAGAAAUCAACUCGAAGGACAAAUCAAUCUUUAUGAUGCAGUUCGUGGAAAUAUUUCAUAUGUUCAUCCAACAACCAAAAAAGAAUACACAUUGGCUAACAAUCACGCUGUUUUGAAAGUCAGACCAAGAGGAUGGCAUUUGCCAGAAAAACAUGUUUUGAUUCACAAUCAACCAACUUCUGGUUCAUUAUUCGAUUUUGGAUUGUUCGUAUUCCACAAUGCUCGUGCUCUUAUUGACAAAGGAUCUGGACCAUAUUUCUAUCUUCCAAAACUUCAAUCUGCUGAAGAAGCUCAACUUUGGGCUGAUGUGUUCAAAUAUACUGAAGAAAAACUUGGACUACCAAAAGGAACCAUCAAAUGUACAGUUCUUAUCGAACAUUUGUUGGCCAGUUUCCAACUUCAUGAAAUUAUCUAUGCUUUGAAGGAUAACAUCGUUGGAUUGAACUGUGGAAGAUGGGAUUACAUUUUCUCAUACAUCAAGACAUUCCAAGAACAUCGAAAAUUCUUGUUGCCAGAUAGAUUCCAAAUUGGAAUGACUGCUCCAUUUAUGAGAAAUUAUUCACUCGAAGUUAUCAAAGCUUGUCAUCAACGUGGAAUUCAUGCGAUGGGAGGAAUGGCUGCACAAAUUCCAAUCAAACACGAUUUGGCUGCAAAUGACAAAGCUUUCGCUCUUGUUCGUGCUGAUAAAGAACGUGAAGUAACUGAUGGACAUGAUGGAACAUGGGUUGCACAUCCAGGAUUAGUUCCGUUGGCAAGAGAAGUAUUUGAUUCGAGAAUGACAAAUGCUAAUCAAAUCGAUAAACUUCUUAGUCGCUCACAAGUCACCAAAGAAGAUUUGACUGUUAUUCCAGAAGGAACGAGAACUGAAGCUGGAUUCAGACAUAACAUUAGUGUUACACUUGGAUAUCUUGAUUCAUGGCUUCGUGGAACUGGAUGUGUUCCACUUUAUAAUUUGAUGGAAGAUGCAGCAACUGCUGAAAUUUCACGUGCUCAACUUUGGCAAUGGCUUCGCCAUGAUGCUAAACUUGAGGAUGGAAGAACUAUUGAUGCUGGACUUGUUAAACAAACAAUUGCUGCUGAAGCGGAACGUCGUCUUAUUCGAGCUGGAAGUGUUGUUAACAGAAUUCCAGAAGCUGCUGAACUUUUGGAGAAAUUCGCAACUGAAGAAAAACUUUCUGAUUUCUUGACUUCUGAUGCUUAUGACAAACUUGUUUCGGAUGGAUAUUAG